CUUUUGGCGCCAGAUUUGCGACACGGAACACAACAGCUCCGCAGUGUCUGUGUCCGUGGGAGCUCCUGUAGUGAUAGCAAACUAAAAUUACUUCUCCAUUCAACCAUUUUGGGGACUUUUAUCAGGCUCGCAAUCGAAACAUGUUCAUCACCGACAUAAAGAAAGGUUUUUAUGACGUUGUCGUAAACCAGAGAGUCGCUCUCCUGGUUGCAGCGGACAUCGAUGCCCUCUGCGCAUGUAAAAUAUUGCAGGCGCUGUUUCACUGUGACCAGAUCCAGUACACGCUGGUGCCGGUCAAAGGCUGGCAGGACCUCAGCACGGCUUUUCUGGAACACAAAGAGCAGUUUCGAUACUUUGUCCUUAUAAACUGUGGCGCCAAUGUCGACCUUCUUGAGAUGCUGCAGCCGGACAGCGACUCCAUUUUCUUCAUCUGCGACACCCACCGGCCCGUGGAUGUGAUCAACGUCUACAACGACACUCAGAUCAAGCUGCUCAUCAAAGAGGACGACGACCUUGGCGUGCCGGCAUACGAUGACAUCUUCCAGGACGAAGAGAAUGAGGAAGACUCUGGGAAUGAGAGCGACGAAGGCUCUGAGCCGUCAGGAAAACGGAGGAGAUUUGAUGAGGGAGCCGUCGAGAGGAGGAUCGAGAGGCAGAGAGCGAAGAGGGAGUGGGAGGCGAGGAGGAGGGAAAUUCUGUUCGACUACGAGCAGUAUGAAUACCACGGCACCUCUGCUGCAAUGAUGUUUUUUGAGCUUGCCUGGGUUCUGACCAAGGACACAAAGGACAUGCUGUGGUGGGCUGUCAUUGGUCUGACUGACCAGUGGGUUCAUGAUAAGAUCACACACAUGAAGUAUGUGUCGGAUAUCGCAACGAUGCAGCGGCAUGUUUCCCGCCAUAGCCACCGAAACGAGGAUGAGGAAAACUCUCUGUCCAUCGACUGCAUGAGGAUCUCCUUUGAAUACGAUCUUCGUCUGACGUUGUACCAGCACUGGUCUCUGUAUGAGAGCAUAUGCAAUUCCUGCUACACAGCAUGCGGCUUCCAGCUUUGGACGCUGAAAGGCCAAAAGAAGCUCAGAGAGUUCUUGGCUGAUAUGGGGCUGCCGCUAAAACAAGUGAAACAGAAAUUUAAGUCUAUGGACAUUACAAUCAAAGAAAACCUCAGAGACGUCAUUGAAGAGUCCUCGAAUAAAUUUGGAUUGAAGGACGUUCGCAUUCAGACAUUUGCUGCCCACUUUGGCUUUCAGAACCGUUUCCUGGCCAGCGACAUGGUGCACGCUGCUGCCGCCCUGUUGGAGAACACAGAGAGAGAGGACAACGACACAACAGACAACUUCAUCACAGCCCUCGAUUCACUGUCACGGAGCAACCUGGAUCGUCUCACAACAGGGAUUGGCCUAGCUAAGAAGAAGCUGAUUGCUGUCCAGCAGACUGUAGCUAGCUGCCUUUGUACCAACCUCAUUAUGUCGCAGGGACCCUUCCUCUACUGCCACCUCAUGGAAGGAACGCCUGAUGUGAAGCUCUUUUCCAAACCACUGGCUCUAACUCUGCUCUGCAAAUACCUGCUGAAAGCGUUUGUCGCAUUUACAAGGAACAAACGCUGCAAAGUGCUUCCUCUCAUCAUGGCUGCUCCUAAAGACGUAGAGAAGGGGACAGUUAUUGUCGUAGGAAUCCCUCCGGAAUCAGAGACGUCGGACAAGAAGAACUUCUUUGGUCGAGCCUUUGAAAAAGCUGCAGAAAGCACCAGCUCCAGGACUCUUCAUGAUCACUUUGAUACUUCAAUAAUUGAACUGAAGACGGAGGAUCGGAGCAAGUUUCUGGAUGCCCUCAUCACUCUCCUGUCAUGAAAACGCAUACAGUCAGAGACUUAUGAGUUUUUUGUUGAGCAGACCCCACAUUCUUCUCUGGUCGGGUCAUAAAUGCAUCACCGGAGUUUCAAGCGUUACGUUUUAAAGAGUUUUAAUCAGCUUUUAUGUAAAUGUUGUACAGAUCUUUUAUGUUUUAUGUAUUUUACUUCCAUAUGCGUGAUAUUCAGAUCAAAUUACAUUACUAACAUGUUUUAAUAAAUCAUUUUAAGCUUUUUAUUUGCUUUUAUUUUUAAAAUGUAAGCUGUUCUGCCUGUGAAACAUAAAAAUAAAAAAUUACAUUUUACUAAUGUGUUGUUUAGGAUUUAUGUUGAAAUGCUCGAUUUAAGUCUCCACAGAAAGCAACAGAUCGUCCUCUUAUAAGGAGUUGAAUGACUGCGGCUAAACAAAUUAGCUGCUGUAAUCAAUAAUAAACUUACCAUCUAGAUUAGAGCUCAGCUCCUCUGCAGGUUAAAGGGUAACUUGGUGAACUGGGUCUGAUCUUGCUGGUGGGUGAGGAUGUUUAUUUUUCUAAACAUGGUUUAUUGUUGCUAAACGGCCCUACUGAAGCUUAAUCUUUUUGUUUGUGUCUCAUUUAUUUUUUGAAGCACAUGAAAAUA